CAGAUAACCCGUGCUGAGUGAGUAGGGAAGUAGGAUACUGCAUAGGUGCCCUGUCAGUCGGAAUUGAUACAUCCUCUGAUAUUUAAACAUGGACUGUACUGUGGAUCAUUACAUAGCAGGCAUGCUGCUCAGUGGUGUAGGAGAUGCUCUGGGUUACAGGAAUCAGCUGUGGGAAUUCAACCAAUCCGGCCCUGCCAUCCACAAGGAACUGCAAGCGCUUGGGGGCCUGAAAAACAUCUCUGUGGAGCUUCCUGACUGGCCAAUUAGUGAUGACACAGUGCUUCACUUGGCAACUGCUGAGGCUUUAGCAACAGGAAAAGCAGGUGAGGAGCUACUGCAUGAGGUUGCUUUCCAAUAUGUGGAGGGAAUGAAGGACAUGAAAGGGAGGAUGCCAGGAGUAUCAACUAUUCAAGGUGUUAAACAGUUGCGCCCAGGCCAUAAAGGGGGUUACAGGGUGCUAUACAACCCAGAAGCCAGAGGUUGUGGGGCAGCCAUGAGGGCCAUGUGCAUUGGCCUUAGAUAUCCUCGUCCUGAUCAGCUGUCCUCACUGGUUGAGGUUGCUGUGGAGACUGGAAGAAUGACCCAUCCUCAUCCAACCGGUUUCCUUGGAGCUGUGGCUGCAGCCUUGUUCACCUCUUAUGCAGUCCAGCGAAGACCAAUCACAACCUGGGGUCUGGGUUUAUUGAAGGAGGCUUGUCCUGUCGCAAAAACCUUUGUUAAGUCUGCAGGAUAUGCUGUACUGGAGACUGUGAGCGACUGGGAUUAUUUUACUGGAAAAUGGAAAGCGUAUCUGGAUCUAAGAGGAUUGUCUUUGGGGACUGAGCCAGUUAUUUGGCCUGACCAAUAUGGGCCAGCAGAACGAGAUGAGGCCUAUACAAGUUUCAGUCUAUCAGGUUGGGGUGGUGGAUGUGGUCAUGAUGCUCCAAUGAUUGCUCUGGAUGCCCUCUUAGGAGCAGGCUCUGACUGGGAAGAACUCAUGAGUCGCGCAGCAUUUCAUGGAGGAGACAGUGACAGCACUGCAGUGAUUGCCUGCUGCUGCUGGGGUCUGCUGUAUGGAAUGGAUGGAGUCCCCCAGUGUAAUUAUAUAAACCUGGAGUAUAGGGACCGACUGGAGAGUGUUGCACAAAAGCUGUAUGCUCUUUCUCACUGAUGAAGCAGAACUCUGAACAGAGGAAAUACAAAAAGAGAAAUAAAUCACAUAGGAAAAAAGAUGGCAUGCCAUAAAUUAGCAAAUAGAUCAGUGGAAAUUAUAUAUAUAUUUUUUAAUAUGACGUGAGGUUGCCAAUGUCCUUUGUAGGUGUUCUCUGCACAUUCUAUAUUAAAAUGAUAAGAAUAAAUAAAUAAGAACAUUUUGGAUGCAUUUGUUUGACUUCCCACUUUUGAGCUUUGUAAAAAAAAAAAAAAAAAAAAAUCAGAAAUCAAAGAAACAUGCAACUUGAAAUUUAAAACUUUAUUUUUUAGUUUUUUUUCCCCUUAAGGUGAAGCUGGAAGGUUAAUAAUAAUCAUUUAUUAAAGUUAUUUUUAUUACUGUUAAAAAGCCUAUUGUUUACUUCCACAAUUCAUUCAAGCUUGAUUUUUGAAUCCAUAAGUCUAAAUGUUUAAAUAAAUCUUGUAAAUGUACCGCGUAAUUAAACAGAAUUUACAUUUACAGAAUUUAUUUGUAACUAUGGAGUACCUCCACAGUACCUACUCGUACAUAAAAGGGAACAAUAUGCAACGUUUGGGGAAUAAGGGGGUAAUAACCUGCAAAAUUCUAAAGCAUUUAUACUGUAAGUAUCUUAUAACUAAAGGGCACCUAUUCUGAAAUUACAAAAAAGUGCAAUCCGUGCAAUUGAACAUGGGAAGUGUAGUCCAGGGUGUAGUGCAACAGUCUGUGUAGUGUGAGUGUCACUAUGAUGGCAAGGCAACCUCUGGUGGCGGGCAGACUGGACAGGAGUCGUGACAGCAUCUUUUACUCUUAGAUUAAUCUUUGAGAAUUUAAUGUCUUGUAUUGAUUUGAUAACUUUGAAUGGGCUAUGUAACUGGCACAAUACUUAUUUACCUGACUAAUAAUUACGGCUGUCACUAACGAUUAUUUUGGUAAUGGAGUAAUCCAAUUGGAUAAUCUUUUUUUUUUUUUUUUUUGGCAGUGAUAAAAAUAGAUUUAAGUGAACAAUAGCCUUUAAAAUGACUUAAAAUACAUAUAUAAUAGCAAUUAGGCAAUAAUAAUUAGUUCAAAUAAAGUAUCAAAAGCAAGUAAUCAUAUGGUUCUAUUGAACAAAACUUAAAAUACAUAAUGUAUUAUAAACAAUAGAGCUAAUGUGCAUUACGCAUUUUAACAAAUGCCUGCAGAGGGCGCCAACAGCCUGUAUAUUGUUUUUACACUUUACUGCACGAUCUAAUCAAUAUUUAAUAUUGACUCAACAACAUUUAAUUCAAGUGUCCACCUAAUCUUUAAUAUUGGGCCAUUUCUUUAUGAUAGAAAAGCUACAGCCACUGUCAUUUCUUGAAUAUAUGGACAUCAAAACGUGUAAACUCAGAGUGAGGAUUUAAACUUUUAUUUUGACAUCGCGAUGAACAGUUAGCAUAUUUAGAACAUUAAUGGUGUAUUCUCCUGUGUCUGCGUAGGUUUAUAAACGAUUUACCUUAUGAAAUAGAGCAUGUUGCAUUCCCAGAUGAACGUUACAAUAAAGUCAAACUUACAACAAUAUCCAGAGAUAGAGUUUGAGAUGCUCCACGGGUGUAAAUAAUAACAGUUUGUGGAACAGCAUUUACUGUGUUGCCUUACAACAUUUACCUACAUAACCUACUCGCAAAACGUGAAUGAAAGAGUGCAACAUAUUUGUCCCUGUUUCACUCCGUCUCGAACUGCUGUCAUGGAAAGCACUUGAGAAACAGUGCCUCUUCUGUGGCUUGGUGUGACUCGUUUUUUAGUCUGGAGCAAGAGACUGUACGACAUUCACGUUUUACGAUUUUACUGAUUUUACGUAGAAAGGGCUACAGCGCACCGCGUUAAAAGAAAGGAAUUAAUGUUUUCAUAACUGCUUACCAAUUUUAAAAACGAAACUAAAAGUAAGUCAUGGUAGAGAGCAAGAGCCCCCUGGUGUUUUGGGGGCCCUAUGCAGCUUGCGUAUUUUGCAUAUAGGGAGGAUUGGCUCUGGAACUGUAACACAACACAUGCUACUGAAAUUCAGCAGUUAAAGCUGGCAAAGAGUGUUUGCAGUUGUUUUGACUGACUUUUUUUUUUUUUUUUUUUUUUUUGACAUUAAAACUUUUAAUAAAUUAAUUAAAAAUAAAUACAGAGUGCAUAAGUUUAUGCAGAAGUAGUUUUAAAAUAUGAAUAUGUAGCUGAGGCUACAUUAUUCUGUUAUGUAAAGCAGGAUAAUGUUGAGAUGUGCGUGCUGUAGAUUACAUUGAUUUAGACUUAAUUCCUGAACAAAACGUAUCAGUAAGGAUUAAGAAAGUUACAUUUAUGAAAUUUAAUCUUGACUUGUACAGGUUUUAUGUCAGAUUCAGUAUUUUUAAAAGAAUUAUAUGAUGCACAGGCUCUCAUUACUGAACAAAAGCCAAAUAGGCUGACACAGGAGGCACAAUUCAUACGCAAUGUAAUACAUUAAUUAAAGUCAUUAUUAACAUCCUAAAUAAAAUGAACUUUUUUUUUUUAAAGGGUCUGUCUUGAUUAUGAAGCAUUAAAUGAUUAGAUGGAUGCCUAUAAUCAGUAUUACACAAACCAUACCUUGUUUUAUUUAUUGUUUAAUUAAUACAAAUAAUCAGAGUAUAUCAUCCAUCAUAUGGAAGAUUAAAUAACAUUUAAUUUGUAAGAUUUAAUAUGUAAAAUUUACUAGAUUUCAUGGGUAAUGCAGAUGUAACUUUUUUUUUCAGCACCAAAUAACGUCUUUAACAUGAAAUAAAUUAAAAUUCACAGGCUAAAAAAAAUAAUAAAAAAACUUUCAAUUAGGAUAUCCGUACAUUUGUUUCUUACCACUGAAUUCUAUUACAUUUCUCCAACACACGCUGUCUCUAUGACAUUAGUUAAAAAAAGUGAAAUAUGAUUCAAACCCAUGCUGAUGAAAACAAAACGAUCAGGCUGACUGACAUUUGCAAAGCGCGUGCAUUAGACCCACGCGAUCUCCCUAUAGUACACAGUGUUAGGGAGUAACUAGUUACAUUUAACGGAAUUACGUAAUUUAAUUACAAAAUACAUUUAAUUGUAAUUAGUUACAAUUACUGAGAAAAAAAUGUGUAAUUAAAUUACAGUUACUUUCGAAAAUGUUAAUGAUUACAGAGGGGGUUACAUCUGAAUUUUUUCACACACCCACAUACAGAUUUAAUUAACUUCUUUCAUAAAUUGCAUUGACUUUUCUAAAAUUAGACACCAAUGUUUCUGGAGUUUAGGACAAAGAAUUGGACAACUGUUUUAUUUCCUAUUUAGGUUUAUGCAUAUCCUUUAUUUGUUAAGAUUGUUUUUUUAUUUUUCAAGGCAUUGUUAGAUGCCAGUGUUUCCUGUCAUAACUAUGCGAACAUUUUAUUUCAAAACCAGUAUCAUAGGUAUUAAACUAUUUCUUGUUAUGAUUUUAAAUCUGUAUUUAACCUCAAAAUGAUCUGAAAGUAAAUAAGAGGUGUUAAGUCUGAAUUGUGGUGGCUGUGCUUUAAAUUAAAUUAUUACACGUC